AUGUCAUUCGAACGACCAACAUCCAUAGCAGCGUUAUCAGAACAGGUCAAUCGUAAUAAAUCUUCGAAAACAACAAAAAGUUCAGCAAAACCAAAUUUUUGUAAAGUAUGUGGUGACAAAGCAACUAUCAUCAAUUAUGGCGCACUUUCUUGUCAAUCAUGUAAAACAUUCUUUCGUCGAAAUGGCUUCCGUCCUGAAAGCGCUCGUCCUUGUUUAUUGAAUAGAUCAUGUGAAGUGACUCUAAAAACACGACGAAAUUGUACUGCUUGCCGUCUUGCUAAAUGUUUGUUAGUUGGUAUGAGUUCAGAAUUAAUUCGUAAAGAAGAAGGGCAAAGUAAAAAGCUAUUAUCAACGUGUAAUUCCACAACUACUGGUGACGUUGUCAAUCAACAAGUAACAGUAUGUACUUAA